AUGUGGCAGCAGCAGCAACAGCCGCCGCCGCCACCACCUCCUCCGCCGCCGCCCUCCUCCUCCUCGUCGUCGUCGUCGUGCUCCUCCUCCUCCUCCUCCCCGUCGCCGCCGCCGCCGCCUCCUCCUCAGCCGCAGCCGGCCGGAUCCCCGAUGGAGGCCGAGCGGGUGGCGGCGCGGGCCCAGCAGCUGCACCAGCAGGCGCUGGCCGCGGCGGCGGGAGACCAGCCGCCUCAGCCGCCCCCUCCGCCGCCGCCUCAGCAAGGCACGGCGGCGGCCUCUCAGGGCGGCCCCGGCCGCGGCGAGCUGAGCCUGCCGGGCAUCCUGCACUUCAUCCAGCACGAGUGGGCGCGCUUCGAGGCCGAGAAGAGCCGCUGGGAGGCCGAGAGGGCCGAGCUGCAGGUGAGAGGGGCCGGAGGUUACCGGGAGCCGAGGGCGCGGGGGCGGCGGGGACAGCCGCGGGGUCGCCUCUUCUUUCCUCCUCCUCCUCCUCCUCCCGCCGCUGCUGCUCCUGCCACUGCCGUCGCCAUCUUGGUGGGAAAUGGUGGCCGACGGGACUGGCGGGGGUGGGGGUGGGGGCAGGCGCGGCGCCCCCCAAGCUCCGGGGGUCACGGCUGCGGCCACGAAACGGGGGAGUCCCUGCCAGAGGAAGGCACUCUUACCCCCCAUUGCAUAGCCCCGCGAGGGGGCCUGGCAACACCGCCCCCAGCCACCCCAGUGCCCUGCAAGAUUUCUUCGUUGAAAACAGGGGCUUCCUAUCCCAUCAUCAUUAUAUAUGAUAAAUAUAUAAAUAUGCCACCGGCUUGCCCCAACAUAUAUUAAAACACUGAACAUUUAAUAACUUCCCUGUACAGAGCUGCCUUCAAAUGUCUUCUAAAGGUUGCAUAGUUACUUAUCUCCUUGGCUCUGGGGUCACAUAGCUCCAUACCCUCCAACAUUUCUCCCAUGAAAAGAGAUGAAAAAUGGGACGUUACGGGAUCAAAUCAGAAACUGGGGCUGCUUUUGUAAUUCCAGGCCUGUCCCUGGAAAUAGGGACACUUGGAGGGUCUGGGCCCCUCAGGAAGGCUGUGGGGAUUAUUCCCAUAGAAGGUGGAUCUGGGGAUAAACCCCAAAGAGUGUUUUGGGCUCCUUUCAUGUAGCAGUUAAAAUUAUGGUUUGGCGGGGAGGGGAAGAGAUACUUCCCCUCCUUCCAAAAGGUGUUCAUUGUAAGCUUUUCCAUCUAAUCUCACUCUGGACACCUUCUCAAGUACUACUUGGUGGGGAAGGCGGCUGCUUCCACUUCAAGGCCCAGGAUGCCAAGGCGGAAGAUGUGCUUAAAUCAAUGGGAAAGAGAGACUGUAAUUCCAGAAGGACUCCUGUCGUCGGUUGCCCAGACAGUACUGAGCUAGAUGGUCUGUGUCCGCUUCCUGUGCUCCUGAGGCCUUCCUUUCCAUUCUUCCAUCAGGAAUAUCCCUAUGCAAAUAGGAUGCUUCUCCUACUGUACUCUGUUAAAAAGGGAAAUUUGAGGGGGCUGAAUUCCGCCUCCCUCCCCCAAUUUUGCCGCCCUUCUAGAGAUGCCAUAUGUUGCGAUGGUGGGCUGAUUCCCACAGAAGAGGGUUUAGGAGCUGCUAGUUGUGGAUUUUUUUGCAUAUAGGAAGUGGACUUAUACCAGGCCAGACCAUUGGUGCACCCAGCUCAGGCAGUGGUUCUACAGGGUUUCCAGCAGGGGUCUCUCCCUGCCUUACCUGGGGACACCAGGCAUUGAACUUUCCAUAUGCAAAGCGGGAUCUUCCCUUCUGAACUAUGAACUUAAACACACAUCCUACUAGGUGAGGGCAGCAGGGAGAAUAUGUUCAGUGCUGUCUCAACCACCGCCAGUGAUGCAUAGUCAGUGGGGAAGAUACACAUAGGGAGAGUGAGCCUCUGGGGAUGGAGUCAGCGAACCCUCAAACCCAAAGCAAUUUAUGAUUAUGGUGUAGAAUUCUGUUUGUCUCAAAGAACACAAGAGCAGUAGCAUCCCCCACUGAUUUCCGUGAAACUUGCUUCAUUGUUUAGGGUUUAGAGAGUAUUAAUCACUUCAGGUCAGAGUUAUCUGGCUGCCAGAGAUUUAGCACAGGAAAUGGGAACAGGGAGGUGGAUGGCAAAUCUCAGUCCAAAUAACCGCUUAUAGUGAAAUGGGUGAAAUUGAUUAAAGCAGGGAGGCACAUUAUUCUAAAGUUGUCUUGGGUGUUGAGUAGGUUUGAGGCUGGAUGUACUAAAGGGGGUGGAUAGUUGGUCCCUUCCCCUUGUAGGGAUGUGGAAAGAAAUGAGUGACCUGGGCAAUAUAUCUGCAUUACCUCAGAAAGGCAAAAGGUUGAAAAGUAACUGAUGUAUUGCCAACCGUGAGUGGAAGCCUGUGAAAGGAUUUCAUCUCUACUUUCUGUGGUGACAGAGUGGGGGGUGAGUGGGUGGAUAUUGCUGCCACCUGUUCCAUAGCAAAUGGGGAGUGUAUGGGAAGAGGAAGGAGGAAGCUGACACCUAUGGCUCCCAGGUGGUUGGGAAGCAGCUGUCCCUACUGCCAUAGUAACUGGCACAAAGGGAGAUGGAACAACAUAUUGUAUUUUAGCAUGGAUGCAAAGGCGGUAGAGCAGGGGGCUGAACAGAGGUUGUGUUAAGAGAUGGACAUUGUGCUCUUACUUAUUUAUUUAUUUUGUUUACAUCCUGCCUUCUUAUCCCACAAGCUCAGGGUGCUGAAUAUGGUUCUCUUUCCCUGCACAAUUGCCCUGCACAACUGCCCUGCAAGAUAGGUUAGGCUGAGAGGUAGUGACUGGCGCCAUGGCCACCCAGUGAGCCAAGUGGGGAUUUGAACCUUGGUCUCCUAGGUCCUAGCUAUCUUUUGAAAGGGCUGUAGCCAGAAGUUACUGCUCAUAGUAUAAGUGCCCAUCCUCUUUUUUUGCUCUGGUGAACCACUGUUUGUUUUGUGCUGAAAAUCUGUUUGACCAGAGGUAGCAGGCAGCACCUGAAAUCACAGUGCACGUCCCAUGGGAAGCUCUGCCUCUCACAAAUCAUGUUCGGUUUUCUUAAAAACUGAAUGGUUAUCUGCCACCAGAAUGAUAAGGGAGCGUAAAUCGGAAGCAAUUGUUCACUCUUAAAAACUGGCACUUGGGGUCAUCUAAUAGAACCAAUCGGCAGUAUGUUGAAACUCUGCAAAAUGAAAUUACAUUCAGCUGACUGGCGAGCAGCCAGGAUCCAAGUGCACAUACCCCCUUGGCUAUGAUGCUCACCCUAACCUACUUUGCAGGAUUGGUGUGAGGAUAAAACUAGGAGGGAAGAACCACACAUGCUACAUUGAGCUCCUUGGAGGAAAGGCAGAAUAGAGAUGUAAUCAUAAUAGGCAGCUUUAAAGAUAGAUUAGGCAUGUUCACAGAGAGAUUUAGGUGGCUAGCCAUAAUUAGCUUAAAAUGGUAUUCAGAGGCAGUAAACAGCUGAUUUGUAAAUGCUGGAGACAAAGGCAAGAGCCACCCACUGUUACUCGUUUGUGAGCUUCCCUGGGGUGCACGCAGCUGAUCCUGUCAAGGGCAAAUUUCAGAUAAUCUGUUCAACAAGAACUGAUUCCGUGUGGCUGGGAAUUGUGUUAAGGGAAGCUGUUUAAAGUCAGUAUGUGACUUUCCUACCAGUGGGGACAUUUGACAGUCUUAAUAUUGCACCUGAGAAAUGGAGACUGAGAAUGAAAAAUGGAUCUUGAGUGAAUCGAAGUGUUUUUGCUUCCCAUGAUGAACACGGUCUCCUCCUGUCUUGCUGCUACCUCUCAUCAAACAGGUUUUGCAAGUUUUUGGAACAAUACAAAAACUUGCAAAAUCUGUUUACCUGCAGGGAAAGUGGGAUGAGUUGUGUGCACUGUGGGCAGCAACCAAACCCACUUGAAGUCCUAGUGCUGGGAAAACAGCAGAGAAAUAGAAAUACUAAAGAGAAUUUCCCUUUCAAGCCAUCUUCAAUUCUGGAAAAGAGCACAUUGCCUGUCUCCCGUUUGAAGUGUUCUUAUUACUGUAGUGGAAACUAGUUGCCCAGUCCAAGCAAUAUGUACAGAAGCAAACUCCUGGGAAUUUCAGCUGCAUUUUUAAUUACAUACUUAGUGCAGUCCAGCUUUUUCAAAAGCGCUCUGUAAACAUGAACUUGUUAAACCUGUGAGGUUGUGGCUGGAUUUUCCUGCGGUGCUGUCAAUCCAUGUACUGAUGGAGGCAAGUCAGUGAGCCUUUGGCAUGGCUUUGUGUCAGUGAAAUGCCCCAAUUUGCAACCCCUUACAAUUUUCCUACCCUCUCAUGACAGAUUCCGCUGCUGUUCAGCUAAGACAGAAUAUCAAACCUGCUUAUCGUACCGGGAGUGUGUCUCCUGCAGUUUACAAACCAUGUCGCUUUUGCAGCCAUGUGCAGCUUAUCGCAUCAAUGUUGUAAAGUUGUUAUAGCAGUUAAACAGGGCAGCAAGGGCAGGACUUCUGCAUAUUAUUUUGAAUUCAUGGCCUGCUGAGAGAAAACACGGAAUAGGAUGGAGUCACCUAGUUCCCAGUCUUUUCCACUUGGUCACUGUUGGGGAUGAAGGGAGGAUUGGGAUUUGGUUUAAUAAGGGAGCUGUCAUAUAAAAUCCUGCCCCUCUUCGCACUAUCAACACACAGCCCUUGUCCCUAGAGGGUUUCCCUCCCCUUUCUUUUGCCGCCUUAUCUGUUUUGUUUCUCAAACCUCCCUGCAGCAUGCAGCCUCUCCUGUUCAUGGGCCCUUUGUAACCAGAUGCCUUUUCCUGUUCCCUUCAAGCUGUUGCAAUGACAUUUAUUAAUCCUGUGACCUCAGAGCAGUUCAGCCAAUGAGACGAGUGAACUCAGCAUCAGGGGAAGACUUAUUUACAUACAUCAAGUCGUGUGUGUGUGUGUGUGUGUACUUCUGUUAAUAUUUUUUGAGAUGGGUUUUAGCAGCAACCUUUUUCAGCCAUGGGCCGGUCCGCCAUCCCUCAGACCAUGUGGUGGGCCGGACUAUAUUUUAGAAAAAAUAUGAACAAAUUCCUAUGCCCCACAAAUAACCCAGAGAUGCAUUUUAAAUAAAAUGACACAUUCUACUCAUGUAAAAACACGCUGAUUCCCAGACCAUCCGUGGGCUGGAUUGAGAAGGCAGUUGGGCCGCAUCCGGCCCACGGGGCUUAGGUUGCCUACCCCUGGGUUUUAGCCUAUAAUUCCCUCAUAAUCCUGGGUUGGGCAGGAAUGGGGUUGUUGUGUGCUGUCAGAAUUCAGUGCCUCUGACUUCCAGUUCUUAACCCUCCAGGCGCAAGUGGCCUUUCUUCAGGGGGAAAGGAAGGGCCAAGAGAACCUCAAGACAGAUCUUGUACGGAGGAUAAAGAUGCUGGAAUACGCUUUGAAGCAGGAGAGGUGAGCCAUGCCACACACCAGUGCGCCCCCCUUGUGGUGGCAGAGUGGGCACCUCUGGGUUGCUGCCGCUGCUGGGCUCUCAUUUGGGGAGAGGGUGGAGUUUCCCUCAUGGUGCAGUGGGGAGAGACAGUCUGGAUUCUUCUUUCCGCUCCUGGUAUCCUUGUGCGACAGUCGCCUCACCGUUGCAUUCUGCACCCAUCACCUGCUGUAAGGAACAUGACACGUGCUCAUUUGCUCCUAAGGUUUCUUCUGCUUCUUCCAGGUCAAAGUACCACAAGCUGAAAUUUGGCACUGAACUGAACCAGGGGGAAAAGAAAGCAGAUAUGUCAGAACCAGGUAUUGUGCUCCCGGCCCCACCCUCAGGUGUCUGGGCAUCUGCUCACUUGCACCUGUGAUGUUCCUUUAUCCUUUGCUGAGCCACCUGCCAGGGCCUAAACAGGUGCUUCCACUGUUGUUCCCCUGGAAUGGCAAUGACAUCCUCUCACAAUGAGAGACAUCCAGGAACCUGCUCCUGCAGUUGUUUUCCGAUGUGUCCGCUGCUCUUUUAAGUUCAGGCGGCUGGUGAAUGAGAGCUGGGCGUUCCUACUUAAGUAGUAUCUUGCACAGACUCCCUCACCUUCCAGACAUUCCAGGCUGUGUCCAGUGAAAUCUUACUCUUCCAACUUUUGGAGCUUGGAUUUCUUCCAUUGUUUGUUUGCUGUCUGGAAGUUGCCACAGGUGCCAAAACAAAUGGAAAGGCAGCCCAUAAGUAUUUAAAUAAACGUUGAGGCCGGUGCUUCGUUAGCAAUAGACUCCCUUUUGUGUUGAGGGGAAGGAGGAAAAGGGCAGGAGGGUAGAUUCAGGGAAGAGGCUCUAGCUCAGUGGCAAAGCUCAGGUUUGGCUUUGCAUACUGAAGUUCACUCCCAGACUCUGUGCUUCGUGUGCACAGGAAAAGCUAUCAAUAAAUAAUUUAAUUAAAGCAUUUUGUUAACCAUCUCUCUAGCCAAAGAUAUUCCUACAGUGGCCUUCAGAUCAGUUAAGAAUACGAGACAAUCCCUGUCUUCAGGCUUUCAGUUGAAAAGACACUGCACAAAAUGACAAAGGGAUUGGAAGGAGGAAAAUAGUUAUUGUUUAAAAGGCAUAGCAAAUCUGGGAGAGAAAAACCUUCCUGAGGCCCUGGAGCUGUCCUAGUGGCAGUCAGAGGAGACAGAGCUGGCCUGAAUGGGCCAAAAGAUCAGAGAACCUGGAAGAGGAGGGGAAAUUUGCUCUCCUUGACCGCUGGAAGACUUUCCUAGUCCUGCUCUAGGCCGUCCAUAUGGUUUGAGUUUUUCUGGGUUUUUAAAUAGCAAAUUCUGGCCUUGCUAUUUGCAAGGCUGAGAACAUACUGCAGAGGCCUGUUCACAACAUGCAAAGAGCGCAACCCACAGCGGCACGUCUGCGCACGCGCGGGUUGCAAUUCGUCACUUCUGCACAUGCGCGUGAUGUCAUUUUGUGCUUCUGCGCAUGCGCGAGCAGCGAAACCCGGAAGUAACCUUUUCCGGAACUUCCGGGUCGCUGCGGGACGUUAACCUGAAAGAACGUAACAUGAAGCAAAAGUAACAUGAGGUAUGCCUGUAGUUUCCUUGCCAGCUGCUGAUGGAAAGCUUUCCUCCUUUCGCCCCUAGUCUCCAACGGGCCAGCGGAACCGAUCUCCUUGGAGAGCAACCAGUUCAUGUGGAAGGAAGGGCGCCAACUCCUCCGCCAGUGAGUAGGAACUGAGCUCCUGGGGGUGAGCAAAGAGGCUCUGCCCUGUUGGCAGCCUCCCUCUAAGGCAGGCUUGUCCCGGGGCCUGCCAAGUUGCUCAGCCCUAUACUGAAGGCCCCUUUUGAUCGGCCUCCCCAGGUACCUGGAGGAAGUGGGCUACACGGACACCAUCCUAGACAUGCGAUCCAAGCGAGUCCGCUCUCUGCUCGGCCGCUGCUCCAUGGAACUGAACGGUGCUGCUGAGCCCAGCGGCCUGGGGACUGGGCCUGCGCCUGGACCUGCUGGGCUGAAUGGGGGCGAGUCCCUUCUCGUCAAGCAGAUAGAGGAGCAGAUCAAAAGGUACGUUAUCAGUCACUUUGGCCAUGGGGCAGCGAGGAAGAGAAGCUUCUCCAUGUUCCUUGCCCCCCCUUCAGAGUAGAGGGCCACCUUGACCCGCUGUCAACCCUCUGGGAGCCACACGCCUAAAGUAUGCAUGGCCAAUUGUAACUUCCCCCCCUUUUUAAUACAGUUUUUAAUGGGGGAGGGUUUUCUGUAUUAUAUCGCUGCUCUGAUUGCCAGCGCAGGGUACACAGGACUUUCACCAUAGAACUGCAAGGAGGGGGUGGCUCCCGUUUCUACAUUCAUUGAGGGUCAUGGCCAGUGUUCUUUUUUCAGAGUUUGCAUUUUUUAAACCAGAUGUUCAGACUCUGCGUUACUCUGAUAUUUUCCUACUUCCGUGGUCUGUGGCUAGCAGUAGGGAAUGAAACACCCAUGGGAUGUACAGAGGAGACCUUUUCGAAGAGCAGGUUCCUUAAGGCCAGGGGAUGAGACUGGGCUGGCAGUCGUCCCUGUACAGGACAAAGGGUGUAGUGCUGGUGCCUGUGGAAGGGACUUUUCAGUGGUGGCCCCACAUCUGUAUUUUUUUUAUGAAAGCGCGUGUAGAUGCAGCCUUUUUGCCAGGCUUUUGGAUGAGGGAAAUUUGUCAGAUUGCAUUUAUUAACAGUUGGAUGCAGCUGUUUCAAUUCUGAGUUGUAUUUGUGUCAUGUUGUUGUUGUUGUUUGGUAGUUACAUUGUUCAAUAUGCCGUAAACCUCCCUGUGGCCUCUUGCAAAAGGUGGGAAAUAAAUAAAUAAAAUGAAAACCCUGGUCAGGGAAGGUUGUGCAUAGCCUUGCACUGUGGUGGUCCAUAAAGUCAUAAGUGACUGUGCUGAUGGCUGUCAGUUGAUCCAGGAAUGGAUCUACACAAAUCAAAUUAGAGGAGGGAGUGUGGAAUCCCUCAGUGAAUAUAUUUCAAGCCUGUUUUGGAGCUGAGUUCAUAUUCCCCAUACAACAAUUUGCUGCUGCUUUUCUCCUGAUAAUGAGCAUGCUUUUCUGUUUUCACGUGAGGCAACCCUAGACCCCAGUGUCAGUUGUUCUUCCUUACCCUUCUUACUUGCAGGAAUGCUGGGAAGGAGGCAAAGGACCGGACCGGCGGCUCCGUGAUGGAGAAGAUUCCCUUCUUGCAGGGCUGCGAGGAAGAAGACGACAGUGAUGAGGAGAAGGACUUGGAAAGCCUGCCCCUGGAGACGCAGCGGCAACACAAGAAGCAGCGAGUAAAGGUAUCCUCCCCGCCAUGAACCUAGCAAAGAGAUGGAGGACUUAGUUUAGCACCAUGGAGGCAAGGGGGCUGAACUUAGGUUUCUUGAAGGGAAUUGGGUUUUUUUAGCAAUAUAGAACAGAGGGCAGGGAGUCAGAAUCAUAGAACUGCAGAGUUGAGAGGGGCCUUUGAGAGCCAUCUAGUCCAACCCCCUGCAAUGCAGGAAUAUGCACCUUUCCCAUACUGGGAUCGGACUUGCAACCUUGGUGUUAUCAGCUCUAACCAACUGAGCUAUCUGCAGCUGCAGAUAUUUUACUUAUUUCUUAAACUUCUUAGCUUAGUUCUCCAAGUGACUUUCAGCAAUUUAUAUAUCACGUGUGUGUGUGUACAUAUGCACCCACACACCCACAGAGUAUAAGAAAAGGGGGUGUCAUACAAUGCAGCAAUCUGUUGUUUAAUAUAACAUUCAUGGAAACAAACAAGCAUUAACUAUGCUCAAAUAAUAAACAGAGAAUAUUCCCACUCACUAAUACCCCCCUUAUAACCGCACCCACCCAGAAGUCUAGUAUCAGGCCAGCUAUUCCAAAUCAGCAUACUCCUCCAGGGAUGGUCCAUCAUCUCCUCUCCCUUUGUGGGAAGCAAGAGCAAGGCAAAACAGGCAUUUGGAUUGUAGCUUCUAUCCCCGGCUCUGCCAGGGCAGUGAAAUCUCAUCCAUUAGUCCAUUGGUUUCCCCCCUUUAGGCUUGUGGCUCCCAUUCACAGUUGAGGCUGUUGUGUUGGCAUUUUGCCACACUUUAAAUACUCUUUAUUAUUGUAUUCAAGUUGGAAAAGCAAAGCGUAAAUCUUCUCCUGCCAGUCUUUGCCCAGUGACAUGCCCACAAAGGACUUGUAAGUCCACAGUGGUCUCUGGAAUCUCUUUGUUAGGAACGGUGGGCCUGGGGGUUGGGCCUUUUCAUUCUGUGCUCCCCCCCUCCGCUACUGUUCUGAGGACACAAAGGGACAUGGAUACCUACAAAACUCACCUGCAGUAGGCCAUAAACUGGCCCGGUCAUGCUCCUUAGUUUCAGGCGGGGAGGUUCUCUUGUCGGGCUGGUGCUUGCCCAUGCAGAUGUGGCCACAAUGCACAUCCAAGCUCUGAUUUGCCCCUGUCCCUCUCGGCAGCUCACCAACAAGCCCCUGAUGCCAGAAGUGGAGGAUGAAGACGACGACGAGGACUCUGAGGAUGCACUGAGCGAGUUCGACUUCCUUGGCUCGGGGGAGAACGGCGAGGGGUCUGGGGACAUGCGGCGAGCGGGAGACGGCAAUGAACUUGGUAGUUACAGAGCUGCAUCUAAGUUUCCUCUGCAUCUGAAAUGCCCCCUUGGCUGCAUGGGGGUUUCCUGAUUAAUUCCUCCUGAUUGUGUCUCAGUCAGCUAUCGGGGUGGAGAUGUGGGGGGAAACGCCUGGGCACUUUUACCGCGAUUGACCAACGUUCAGCAGCUGGGUCAUCUCGGCUGCUGUGUGUUGGCCAGAGGCUGGUUUGACCUUCUCUUCUCCAACUCCCCCCCCCCCUUCUGCAGAAAGCCGCCGGGUGAAGCUGCAGGGCAUGCUAGCCGACCUCCAAGAUGUGGAUGGGCUUCCCCCGAAAGCUUCCAUGCCGGCAGCCAUCUCCAGUCAACCCAGAUCUCACGAAGGUGCAAAGGCUUGGUUUGUCCUUUAUGCCGCACCCCCUUUCCUUUGGGCAUUGUUUUUUGAUUUUAUUAAAUUCGUCCAACAUUAUCACAGCACCAUGCAGGUCAAGAAAUACCCCACCCCUAACCCAGAAACUGGUGUUCGGGCAAUGCAUGCAAAAUAACAACCAAACAAGUUAUUAUCCCAGGCUGCUAUUUGUAUAGAAAGCAACGAACAUUUUAAGUUACCCAGUGAAAGUUUUCUAAUGUGUGGGGAAGUCCUCUACUUUCAGUUUUAGCCUUGUGGGUAAUAAAGUCGUGCCAUUCAGUCUGCUUCAAGCCUUGUGCCAAUUUUAUUUUAUUUUAAUUUUCCCACAAGCGCUGUUUGCCACACUUCCCUGUUGCCAUCCAAAACAACCUACACCCUGCCCUGUUUCCUUUGUCCUGUAGCUGGCGCGUUGCCACACUCGUAAGCUUUCCUCUCCCCUCCCCGGAACAGGUUCCCUGGGCUUCUCCUCGGAUGUUUUUAUAAUGGACACCAUUGGCGGAGGAGAGGUCAGCCUGGGAGACCUCGCGGACCUGACCGUCACCAACGACAAUGAGCUAAGUUGCGAUGUGAGUUCCGAGACUCGUCGGUUUCCAUUCCCGCCCCCCGCUGCCUCCUCAAGCCCUCUUCUGUUCCUCUGGCUACUGCCACGGGGGCAGCCUGAGCUGGGAAAUAAUCUUCCAUGAGUGGGAGGUGGUGAGGAAGCAGCUCUGUAGCAGCGGGGGAGGUUCGGGCUGGGGAGGGGCACCUGACUAAGCAGCCCCUCUAUUCUUUCUCCUCCUUCUCUCCUCCACCCCUGCCUCAGCUCUCGGACAGCAAAGAUGCCUUUAAGAAGACGUGGAACCCCAAGUUCACCCUACGGAGUCACUACGAUGGCAUCCGGGCCUUGGUCUUCCAUCACUCCGAGUCCGCGCUGGUCACCGCCUCGGAGGACGGCACACUGAAGCUGUGGAACCUCCAGAAGACGGUGGCCGCCAAAAAGUGAGCGCAGGGAGGACCUGCUGUCUUUAGAGCUGGAAAAAGGCAGACCAAGAACUCAGGCCAAUAUAAGUUUCAGUAGUGGGAGCGGUCCCUACUCGCAAAUCAAUAGCCAGUUGUAACAAAAACUAAUCCAUUCAAAAGUAUGUAUUCUGACAAGGAUUACAAACUCAAAUAGAGAUUACAAACUCAAACAGAGACUACAAACUCAAACUCAUAAGGAUAUGUAUAUCCAAUUAUGGAUCAGAAACUAGUAAGUUCAUGUUAGUCCAUAGUCAGAUUUGAUGUGAAGGUCUUAGUUUCAAUCAUUGGGCAGAAGUCAGUUAUGGAUCAGAAACCAUUGACUACUGAUUUGCGAGUAGGGACCACUCCCACUAUUGAAACUUAUAUUGGCCUGAGUUCUUGGUGUGCUUUUUUCUUGGCAUAUUUAAUAACAAGAACUCCAACUUAUUUAAUGUCUUUAGAGCUGCAGCUAGCUGGCUCCCUCCCUGGAGAAGGGCAAGGUGGCUUAGCAUGCCUCCGAUCGCCAGUUACUGAGGAGUAGCGGCAGGGAAGGGUCCUUGCCCUUGCAGGCGUCCUGUAGUCAUCUGGUUGGUGACUGUGGGAAAUUCGAUGCUGGAGGAGGUCGCUCUGUGGUCCGGCCCAGCAGGUCUCUCAUUACAGGGAAGAAACUGCUUUAGGCAUUUCUGUGUGCCAGAUGGAUGCCUGUUUUUUGUCUCCGCCUGCCAUGGCUCCCAGUCAAGGAAUGCUGUAGGACUGUGGAGAGUUGUACAGACAUUUCCCAGAGUUCUUGUGGGGAUAGGGGAGAGAUGGGAUCCACAAAGUGGUUUAAACUUGUAGCGUCCCUGUGGGAGAGAUGCCCCCAGGAGAUGAUUCGUGCAUUGCAAGAGGUUGGACUAGAUCGCCCCCGGGGGGGGGGGUCCCUUCCAACUCCCUCCAAAUCUGUUACCAUUAUUAUUAAUAAAAUUUGUAUUCCGCCCUUUAUCCAUAGAUCUCAGGGCAGUUCACAACGUAAAAAUACAAAAUGCAUAAUAAAAACAAGAACGAAAAGAAAGCAGUAACCCCUAGUGAUAGAUUCUGUGAAACUGUAUGAGGAAAGCAUACAAAAGUAACCAGUCACAGGAGACGAAAAGAGCUGCGACACAAUGGGAGUUGUUGCACGUAAGCUCAGCCUGCAAGUGAGAAAAGCAAAGACGACAUGUAGAUGUGUAGGCCACCCAUCUGACUCUUUUGUCAUCCCUCUUUGCUGUUACAGGAAUGCAGCGCUCGACGUGGAGCCAGUCUAUGCAUUCAGGGCACACAGGUGUGUAUAGGAGUCGAGCAGGCGCAAGGGGAAGGCAUUGAUCCCUAGCUAACCUGUCAGCUGCCCUAAAGCAGAACUGCCUGUUGGAUUCCCCCUGGUGGGUGUCGGGGGAGCAUUAGUGGGUACAGCCCCACCCUCGUUCCUUCCGCUCCUUUUCAUGCACCCGUUGCUGUUCCCUGCUAGGGGCCCGGUGCUUUCUGUUGCCAUGGGCUGCGACAGCGAAUAUUGCUACAGUGGAGGCGCAGACACGAGGAUCCGUUGCUGGAGGAUCCCGGAACUUGGCAUGGACCCCUACGAUGGCUAUGGUAGGGACAGGCAAGGGCUGCCCCAACUCUGCUGCUUCUUGUCUCCUUGCUUGCAUUCUUUGAUCUAGGGAUGAAUGCUGUUUUCAGCACAGUGACAUUACAUGGACAAGAUUUGGGGGUGCCUCGCCGCACCCUGCAAGUUUAGAAUUGGGGACCAGGUUGGGUGGGGUGGCAGUAUUGCCGACUGCUGGUUUUUGCAAGGCUGGAGCCUCCACAAACUAUUCACUGCCGAGUUGCGACGGUAACUCCCUGCAUGUUUUGCGUCUUGGAGGGCAGAGCGUUUGUGGGGUCUGGCCUUCUCGUGUGCAUGGACCAGGAAGCAAAGCUCAUGCUCUUCUCUAUCACUUGCCCUCCAUUUGGCCAGAGGGCUAAAUCCAAUGCACCUAUUGUGGUGACGCACGCAGAGAGAGCUUCCCCAGUUGUGGAGCUCCAUCCCAGCACAGGGAGGCUCACCUGGCGCCUGCUCUGGCACGGGCAUUUAAAGUUUCCAGGCUCUCUCUCUUUUAUUUAUGUUACUUGGAUGUUUGCUGCACGAUGCUCCUGCUUUUGAGCAUCAGGUUCUGUUUGCAGUUCUAUUAGCCUCCCCUAGAAAUACACGUGUCGAAGGGGGAAAUAUUAAAUGCAUGAAAUAAAUAACUUUGUUUGGGCCUUGGCUCUGAAGUACCGUAUUUUUUGCACCAUAACACUCACUUUUUUCCUCCUAAAAAGUAAGGGGAAAUGUCUGUGCGUGUUAUGGAGGGAAUGCCUACGGGUGGCAUGCCUACAGAUUUUCCUCCUCUAAAAACUACGUGCGUGAUAUGGUCGGGUGCGUGUUACAGAGCGAAAAAUACGGGUAUAUGUGAUGAUCUAGGCCAUCUGUCAUUGCUGCGCGAACCUUGAAAGGGAGGCAGGCAGCGCUAGGUUUUGCUUUUGUUCUUGUUCCUGGCCCAGACCCAAGUGUGCUCGGCAACGUCUUGGACGGACACACAGACGCCGUUUGGGGCCUGGCCUUCAGCUCCUCGAAGAACCGCUUGGCUUCGUGCUCUGCAGAUGGCACGGUGAGGAUAUGGGACCCCAGCAGCAGCAACUCCUCCUGCCUCAGCACCUACACUGCAGACAGUGGUGAGCCUCUGCCUCUUUUUGAUCACGCUGGGCCCUUGGAUCCUGCCGAAGGGCUUCUCAUUCGUUCGUGGUGUGAAGUUGCUCUGCCUUUCCCUCUCAAGCUCAGACCCCAAAGUGUUGGUGCUGACCUUUAAAGCCUUAAAUGGCCUCGGUCCAGUAUACCUGAAGGAGUGUCUCCACCUCCAUCGUUCUACCCGGACACUGAGGUCCAGUGCCGAGGGCCUUCUGGCGGUUCCCUUACUGCAAGAAGCCAAGUUACAGGGAACCAGGCAGAGAGCCUUCUCGGUAGUGGCACCCGCCCUGUGGAAUGCCUCCCACCAGAUUUCAAAUAGAAAAACAACUACCAGACUUUUAGAAGACGUCUGAAGGCAGCCCUGUUUAGGGAAGCUUUUAAUGUUUAAUAGGGAGGGACGCGGGUGGCACUGUGGGUUAAACCACAGAGCCUAGGACUUGCCGAUCAGAAGGUCGGAGGUUAGAAUCCCCACGACGGGGUGAGCUCCUGUUGCUCGGUCCCUGCUCCUGCCAAUCUAGCAGUUCGAAAGCACAUCAAAGUGCAAGUAGAUAAAUAGGUACCCCUCUGGCGGGAAAGUAAGCGGCGUUUCCGUGCGCUGCUCUGCUUCGCCAGAAGCGGCUUAGUCAUGCUGGCCACAUGACCCGGAAACUGUACGCCAGCUCCCUCGGCCAGUAAAGCGAGAUGAGCGCCGCAACCCCAGAGUCGGCCACGACUGGACCUAAUGGUCAUGGGUCCCUUUACCUUUAUUUUAAUAUUCUGAUGGAAGCCGCCCAGAGUGGCUGGAGAAACCCAGCCAGAUGGGUGGGGUAUAAAUUUAUUAUUAUUAUUAUUAUUAUUAUUAGGGCGCUCAAUCUCUCGUAGCAGCUAGAAGUUAAUAACAUCUGGAGCAUUGAAAACCUCACAUACCCUCAGCAGAUAAUUCAGGGCUUCUCCAAAAAGGGAGGGAGGGCUUCUUAAGAGGGAUAAAGGUGCAGUGGCUCAGAGAAGAGUCAAAACAAAGAUUAGAGAUAUAUAAAUCCUCAAGGUUAGGUGGAGAUUCAUCAACUCUGUGCAGUAUGGCUUGGGCAGAGCAACUUCCAGUUCUCUCCAAAUCCUUCCGACUGCUGUGGUCACCCUUGGACCAUCGCCAGAACCCAGUGCUUAGAUGCUUGUCUCUACCAUCUUCUGCAGAGAACGGAAUCCCUACCUCCAUCACCUUCUCCGGUACCGACCCUGCACACGUCGUGGCAGCCUUCCAGACAGGAUGCACAGUUCUCUAUGAUGUGGAAGCCAACUGCUCUGUCCUGACCCUGGAAUCCAGGCCAGCCAGCGGUGAGUUGGGGCUGAGAGUGGGGUGGGGCUAGCAAAAAAAAAAGUGUAAACAUAACAAAAACAGAGAAUCAAAAAUGUUAACCAUAAAGCAUGACAACAUAAAAGGACAAAAUUACAACAACAACAACAUGAAGGCACCACAGCUCCAAAGGGAUAAUAAAGCAUUGGCUCAUACAAAGAUUCCCUUUAUAAAUAAAAAUGAUGUAGAAAAAUAAAAGUCUUCUCCAUCUGUGAGUUUCUGCCAUUAUUGAGAAUAAAAUGCAGAGAAUACUUCACAAAACACAUACAUAAAAUACAUACGUGGACUUGUUUCGAUUAAUGUCUGCAGGAGACUUUGUGGAUAUUUAAGUUAUCAUUAGAAAAAUCUUAAUAAUUAUUCAUAAAGGAAACAGUUUAUAAGAAGCAAAUAAGGAGGCCAGAUACAGGAUAAUGGAAGUCUUUUAUUUGGUUGUUGGUAUUGUUGUAUGUUAUGUUUACUGUAUGUUAUGUUCACGUCUAAUGAAGGUGGAUUUGUAUAUUGGGGGGUGGGGGGUUGUGUUAUGUUGUAAAUAAAAUUCCAAUAAAAUUUAAAAAAGAAAUUAAAAAAAGAAAAAAGAAGAGAAUAAAGGUUCUGUUUAGUCUGAAAUGAGUCAGAAACCUGCCUAUAUUGGUGGCAUUUCUGUUCUCUUGCACAAAGUGGGACAUUUCCCCAAGCAGGAGUGUCAUCCUAGCGAGUUAGAUUGGGUUGCUUAGGACCAGGGGUUAUGAUGAUAAACCAGCAACAGCGUUUACAGGUCCCUUGUUUAGAGACUCCCCAAGAGUGGGUUUGUUUCUUGCUGGGGUGUAGUUGUGUGUGUGUGUGUGUGUGUGUGUGUGUGUGACCAUUGGAAUACUGUGUACAUAAUUUCAAGGUAACAUUACUGUAAUGGUUCUAGGGGUUGCUCGUGCGUAAGCCAGUGCAAACACCUGGCUGGAAUGCCUGAGUGAACCUUUUCUGUCCGGACAGCCACUCACCCGUGGCUGUCUCAAUCGCUGGUAGAAUCCAUCAGUGGGCGUUUCUUAAACUUCUUCCAGCAAAGAAGCUCUUUGACGCCUAGUCGCCUCCUACUCUCUCUGCGCGAAAGCCUUCUGCGCAAGGAGGGCGUAGGCAGUGGAGGACCUCUACUCUCCCUGCUGGUCCCCGGCAAGAAGUCAUGGGACCGCCUCGCCGCUUCCCCCAUCUGCCCCCCUUCUCCACUGGUGCUACGCUGAUUCUCUUCCCCAGAGGAUGGGCUGCCUCUCCCAAUCCCGGGGCGCUCUCUGGAAUCCCUCUGGAUUUUGCUCUCUCCCCCUCUGGCACUGAUGGCAGUUCCCUGACAAUUACACUUCAUUUCCACUUUAUCUCACACGGGGCUCAAACCCACAACCCUGAGAUUAAGAAGCUCAUGCUCUACCGACUGAGCUCUUGCCGGGGUGUAGUUGUGGACAGGACAGAGGUGGGAUAGGCAAGGGGAUCUCUGAGGAAUCUAGAAGAGGAGAGAGGGGGGAAAUCAAAGCGCCUCGACAAAAUUCAGAGAAGAUAAAAUUUUGGAAUUGGAACUGUGCUAUAAGGGGCUUUUGGGUCUAAGAAUAGAAGCUGCUGGGAGUGAAACACACUUGCUGUGAAUCUUAUUUCUACUGACAAGUGAAAUACAUAAAGUGAUUGUAGCAUUAACUAAGUGAAUGAGUUUGGGUUGGUUAAGUUUACAAAUGAGCAGAAGCCCAAAAAAAUUUAGGUGCAAUUGUGUGCAUAAUCUUGGGAACAGCACCCCCUUCUCAGUCAUAGAAGGAGGAAUACCUCUAUUACAUUGUACUUUUAUUUUUUUAAAUUUAGAACUCUGUCCAGUUAAUUCUGGGCGCAUUUUUGUUUCAAGCCAAAAUAAAUAAAUCAUUCAUACAAGGCAGCUUUGUGCUGGCUUAGGCUGAUGGGAAUUGUAUUCCGAAAACCUCUGGAAGGCCCCAGGUGUGGGAAGGGCUGGUAUAAUGUUUAGUCUGUUUAAAAACUUGGCAGAAAUAAGUAACAUAUGGCACCUGGCCCUCACAUUCUCUUUCAGGGUCUCCCGAGUGCAAAUUCAGCAAAAGUUUGAGGCUGCCUCCUUGGAGAAGUUUCUCCUUUUCCACAUCUCUGCUCUUAUCCAAGCAAAGGUUUGCUUGUCCAAGGACUGUCCUUAAACUCUCCUCCCUUCCUCUCUGAACAGGAUCCAGUCAGAUCAACCAAGUUGUGAGCCACCCAACCCAGCCGAUCACUAUCACAGCCCAUGACGACCGAGGGAUCCGCUUCCUGGACAAUCGCACAGGUAGGGCUGUUGCUUGGGGGCCAGAAUGGAUGAGUUGGCAGAAACCUGUAACCUCUGCCUCCUUCGCAGUGAUUAGAAGAGCACUUGCUUCUCAAACACAGUUUUAAGUUGGCAGGUUCCCUCUGAACACGAUUUUCCAAAUAACCCAGGAACGGGAGUUGCGUACAUGUCUACAUUUUGUAACUCAGGGGAAAAAUGUUCUCCUCUUUGUGCAGGGAAAGCUGUGCACUCCAUGGUGGCACACCUGGACGCUGUUACCUGUCUCGCUGUAGAUCCCAACGGAGUGUUCCUUAUAUCAGGAAGUAAGUGCUGCCUCCUCCAUCUCCAUAUGUGGUGUUGUUGUCGUUUAGUCGUUUAGUUGUGUCCGUCUCUUCGUGACCCCCUGGACCAGAGCACGCCAGGCACUCCUGUCUUCCACUGCCUCCCACAGUUUGGUCCAACUCAUGCUGGUAUCUUUGAGAACACUGUCCCACCAUCUCGUCCUCUGUCGUCCCCUUCUCCUUGUGCCCUCCAUCUUUCCCAACAUCAGGGUCUUUUCCAGGGAGUCUUCUCUUCUCAUGGGAUGGCCAAAGUAUUGGAGCCUCAGCUUCAGGAUCUGUCCUUCCAGUGAGCACUCAGGGCUGAUUUCCUUCAGAAUGGAUAGGUUUGGUUUUCUUGCAGUCCAUGGGACUCUCAAGAGUCUCCUCCAGCACCAGAAUUCAAAAGCAUCCAUUCUUCAGCAAUCAGCCUUCUUACUGGGAGCUUUCUCUUAUGUGCACAGUAGAACCCCAGUCUGCAAAGUGGGUCCCCCCAGUGGCAGAGCAGAAUGUCAGGCUCCUCCCGUGAAUGUACUCAGCUUUAUUCUAGACAGUUUUGACCUUGGCAUCAGGAACUGGCAGUUGCUGGGUUUUAAUCCAUCCUUUGUGAAGGGCUUGAGUUGGCCUUCCAAUCUCACCCCUUAAAGGUGCAAAUUCAGGUCUGUAAAUGUCACGGAGCCAGCCAGUCAGUAAAUCACACCAUUUUCAAUGCUGGGGUUAACAUUUUAUCAGCAAAACAUGAUCUUCACAGAUUGGACAGACUUUCAGGCCUCAUGAGCACAGCAGUUCAUGCCCUGUGGGUCUUACCCCUUGAAACCAGUUGCUGAAAUUCCCCACUUCCCCGCAGCCUAUUUUUCCUCCUCCUGAGGGCAUCUUUCCAGCAACCGGAUACUGUGCCCGCAUGCACAGUCUGUCUUUGCUCCUCCUUUUUCAUACCUCUUUCUGGGAGUCGGGGAGGGGAGCCUGCCACAUCAGGAGGGGGAGACCAGUGUGACUCUUUACCAGCCUGAACUCAUCUCUGCCUCUUGGCCUCUGCUUCUGCCUCUGAUUCUGGACUGCUCUCUGCCACAGACUCUCCCAGCUCACUAAGCCCUGUCACCUCUCCAGCUUCCAACACUUCCUCCUCCCAGUCUUCUCCCUCUGAUCACUCAUCAUCUCACCAUCAUUCCCUAGGCUCAUGAGCCUUCUUCCCUUGGGGAUUGCCCAGCCAGCUCCUCCCACCACUCCUCUGUGACCUCCCAGUCCCUGUGGCCCUGGGACUUUGGCAACUGGCCCAGUUUGCGGGCUUGUGGGAUGGACGGGCCUUUAGUCCGACACCCUAUUUCCUCGCCAUAGUGGCUUCGCACCGUCCCCUCCUUCGACAGCUUAGAGGUCUGCCGGUACCUUUGGCAAUCUUCACAGAACUUUAGUCUAAUGGUUGCCAUCAAUUUGAUUUGAAUUAAUUUUAUAAUGAAAUGAUUUUAGAGUGUUGUACUAUUUUAUUGUUGUUAGCCGCCCUGAGCCUGGCUUUGGCUGGGGAGAGUGGGAUAUAAAUAAAAUUUAUUUUUAUUAUUAUUAUUGUUAUUAUUAUUAUUAUUAUUAUUAUUAUUAUUGUUAUUACCCCUUAACUAAGCCUCGUGCGUGCCUGGGCACGUGGGCUUCCUUGCUUAACCCCCCUGGCCCUUCCGCCUCUCCUAGGCCACGACUGCUCCCUCCGGCUGUGGAACCUCGACAACAAGACCUGCACGCAGGAGAUCACAGCUCACCGCAAGAAGCACGAAGAGGCCAUCCACGACGUGGCCUUCCAUCCCAGCAAGGCCCUGAUUGCCAGCGCUGGGGCCGAUGCCCUUGCCAAGGUCUUUGUAUGA